UCCCUUUUUAUAUUUUCAUUUUUAAACAAGCCGUCAUUCAAACGAACGCGUUAUGCUGAUAUAAUAAUGUGUAUAUGUAUAUGUGUGUGUGUGUGUGAUCCCAGAUCUCGUACAAGAAAGAUGACACACGUUGCACUCAGAUGAUUUUCUUCGGCCCGCGCAGGUCUAGUAUUUGUCAGCAAUUUUAGUUUCAUUCAUAAAAUGUAGCGUACCGUCGCAGAUAGGCUGCAGUCGCUUGUAUUUACAGAUAAUUUAUAGUUUAUACUAUAGUGGAAUUAAUAAUGCUACAGAUUUGAAUCGCGAUUCGCGAUGGUGCAUUGUUGUAUUUCAGCUAUUUCUGAUGUCUGUUUUUUUUUCCCCCUCCAUCAUUUUUCCUCCUUCGGGACAGUCAGUGCCACCACCUAUGUCUACAGUUACGCCGUCCGAGCUUUAGACAACAGUGUUUUUUUUUUUAAAGAAUAAACGAGCAAAAGACGUAUUUCCGAGUGUGAAUGACUGAGCUCCACGAGCCGCCGGGCCGGAGCGCCUAAAUCUCGGUGACAAAAGUGAAAAGGCCGGGCUGAACCGUACAAUGAUUCAGUCAGUGUCGGUGCUCUUUAUUAUAUUUCCUUGUACAUUUUCUACGAGUGAUUACUUUGUGUUUUUCAUAAACACGCUUAUUCUAUGUAUAUAUACUAUUACUGUUUUUUGUAAGCAGACCCAAGCCUGUUACCACAUCCCAGGGCUUAUAUGGUAACCGUUGCGCCAUGCAUUCUGGAGUCUUAUGCGCAAACUGACGCUCCGCUGUUUUUUAUGGAAAUACAAGUUCAGCACUUGCUCCAUGGUUGAGUUACCGUGUUUGAUUUAUUUGUGCUUUAAUCAACACUUCUACUUUUUCUACUGUCUAUGGAGCUGGGGUAGGAUUCACUGGCUGGGUGAUGAUUCAGUUCCGGAAUGAGCCCCCAUGAUUAUGGAAGAAUAAGAGGCCUGAAUCUUGGGAAUGGACAACAGUAUAGAUAACUUCAAGCAGGAGUUUAUCAACGUCUGGGUGCGGGAUCCUCGCAUACAGGGGAAAGACUUCUGGCAUGCCCACAUAGAUUAUGAAAUCUGUAUACAUACCAACAGCAUGUGCUUUACCAGGAAGACCUCCUGUGUAAGAAGACGUUUCAGUGAGUUUAUUUGGCUCAGACAGAAACUACAAGAAAAUGCUCUCCUAAUGGAGCUACCAGAUCUUCCCCGAAAGAAUCCCUUCUUCAGCCUGAAUAAUUCUAAUCAAGUCAACCAGAGAAUGAAGGGGCUGCAGCACUUCCUGGAGGUAAUCCUGCAGAACCCGCUAGUGCUGUCUGACAGCUGCCUGCACCUCUUCCUGCAGUCCCAGCUGAGCGUCGUGCAGAUGGAGGCCUGCGCCGCAGGGCGGACUCACUACUCUGUCGCUCAGGCCAUCCAGAACUGUGGAGGUGGGAUGCAGAGGUUUCGCUCCCAAGAAGACCUGCCGGAGCUGGCGCAGGACUGCUGUGACUCCGACUGUGAAAGCACUUCCUCCUCAGGCCUGGGACUUAGCUGUGACAUUGACGUACCCCACGCCGACUGAGGAAGUAAAGACACCGGCACCGUGCGUGAUCACAGAUCCAGCCAGGGUGAGCUUGUGUUGGCCUCGCCGCUCCGGGAGCAGCAGACUCACCCCUGCUCCUUCACAAGUCAUCGCCUGUCAAUUGUAGGCGAUCCUUAUGCUGCUGUACCUUACUCUUGUGCACAAGAGUGGUUUUGUCAACUCCAGUGUUCUUUUAGGCCUUAUUUUUUGCCUUUCACGUCAUUGUUAUUACAUUUUUUGUCACCUCAAGUGGUGUGUUUUGUAAAUGUAAACGUGUAUCACAGUUGUGAUAGGUCUUUUUGCUGCUAUGGCUACUGCUAUGCUGAGCACAUUCAGGACCAAACUUGAAACGAUAACCAAAAACUACCAUGAAUGUCUGUAGUCAUAACAUGUGGAUUGUUUUGAUUUGUCCCGCAUUCUAAACAACUCAUGGUUGCUUUUGGGUGGUUCAGAAGUGUAUGCUGGUAAAAGAUGACAUUCUGAAGCUGUUUUUUUGCUGUUAAAAGAGCUUGGACUUUGUGAAUAAAAGCUGCC